UAUGCACAACUUUUUGCGCGCUAUUUAAAAAUGUAUUAUGAGCGGAGGAUGCUUCGGCAGUAAAACUCAAAUUGUUGUUUACCAGAAAUUAUUAAUGAACGCUGAAAAAACACUAAGGGAAACAGGGUGUGCCUUUAAAAGUACAGUGUUUCUAAAUGACAGCAGCCACAACGGACAACCUAGACAGUCUAGACAACAAACUCCCCUCCUCCAAGGUGUGGUCUGUGGCGGCAUAAAAUGCACUGCCCAGGAUGGAAAAAGUUGCACUCUGUUUGAGAAGUAGCCUAGGCUACACUAAAACAGGUGACCUGCCUGGUAGACCAGGCAAGAGCAGCAUCAACAUCUAUACCUGCAACAUUCAAGCAGACAGCAUGAGUCCCCAAAGCUCAAAAAAGGUUUUGGAUGGAGGUUGGGGCUGGGUCAUUGUUGUGGCCUGCUUCAUGGCCCAGUUCCUGGCCUAUGGAUCCCCCCAGUCGGUGGGUGUCUUGUACCCAGAGUGGCUCAACACCUUCCAGGAGGGAAAAGGCAUGACGGCUUGGGUUGGUUCCCUGGUCUCUGGAGUUGGACUCAUAGCCAGUCCUGUUUGCAGUGCUUGUGUGGAUAACUUUGGAGCGCGCCCUGUGACCAUCUUCAGUGGGGUCAUGGUGUCAGGAGGCCUCAUGCUCAGUGCCUUUGCUCCAAAUGUCCAGUUCCUCAUAUUUUCUUAUGGGAUCGUUGUAGGUCUUGGCUGUGGACUUGUCUAUGCUGCCACAUUGACCAUCACCUGUCAGUACUUUGACAAGAGACGUGGCCUUGCCCUUGGCAUUGUCACAACAGGCACAAGUGUAGGAGGAUUCCUCUAUGCCACAGCUCAGAAUGAGCUAGUUGCUCUCUUUGGUCUGAAUGGCUGCCUUCUGAUUGUUGGGGCCUUAGCCCUAAACCUCAUAGCCUGUGCUGGAUUCAUGAGGCCCCUGAACAUGCCUGGUUACUACCUCAAACAGAAAGCUGCUCUGGAGCGCACAGAGGAGCAGCUCUUUGAAAAACUGCCCGCCGACAACCUGAAAACCACACCGGGCGCUGGGGAGAAAACCCUGACAAUCAAGGAUCUCUUGAUCACCAUUGAUGCCAAAGACAUCACCGUAACUGAAAAAAACAAGAGCUUCAUGGCAGGGUCCGCCAUAGUAAGAAUUAUUAAAAAAAAACAUAAGGCCUACUCAAAGUACAUGAACUCCACAGCUGACUUCUUGCACGACAGGAACUUCAUGGCCCUUUGCAUUGCUAUUUUCUUGUUCACUCUGGGAGCCUUCCCUCCGGUUCUCUUCAUGGAGGACGUGGCCUUGAGUGAGGGCCUCACUGACGGAGUAAGCAUUAUCCCACUGGUCUCCAUUGUAGCCAUCAUGACCGGUGUGGGCAAGCUGGUCCUGGGCAUUCUAGCAGAUGUGAUAUGGAUCAACAGUUUGUUCCUAUAUGCCUUCACCCUGCUUGGCACGGGGACAGCCCUCCUCCUCAUCCCUAUCUCAAAAACAUACAUAGAACUUCAGGUACUCUCGGCUGUGGUGGGCUUCUUCUCAGGGAACUGGUCCCUAACGUCAUACAUAACCACAAGGAUUGUGGGUCUGGACAAUCUGACCCAAGCCCAUGGGAUCCUCAUGUUCUUUGGUGGAUUCGGGAUCAUGAUUGGGCCCCCCGUUGUGGGGUGGUUCUUUGACUGGACCCAGUCUUAUGACUUGGCCUUUUACUUCAGUGGAUGUUCUGUGCUCUUGGGAGGGGUCACUCUUUUUCUGUGUACACUGCCCUGUUGGGACAAAAAGAAAGUAGACAUAGACAGGCCUGAUAUACAGUACACCAGCAACUGUGACAAAAUAGCUUCUGUAGCCUGAAACUAGCCUUCACAUAGACCUAACCAUGAAGUGAUACUAGUGAUUCUUGCUAAUAAGUUUAUACCAGUGGUUCUCAAAUGGUGAGUCACAAUUCAAAUUUGAACCAAAUUAUGCCCUUCAACAAGGGUUUUUCCUGCUGCCAGAUCUCUGGCUGUGUACCUGAGAAGUAUAUGCCUUUUCUAUAAAAACAUUUCAAGAUUAAACUACAACACUUUUUAUAGCAUCAAUUUCAGGCCAUAUUUAUUGAAUUCAAAAUAAAAUUAGCAGUCAAUAUUUAAAAAGUAGAAAUCUUUAAAUAAUAUUUCCAAGCAAAAGUGAAGGAGUGGAUGUUGAGAUCAAAAUAAUUAACAGUAGAACAUAUAGAAACAUUGUAAAAAUAAUGAUCAAGCACAAAAUAAAAAUAAAUGCAAUCACAUGAUUUUAAAUCAAAGAGCAAAACUGUAUUUUAAAAGCAAGAAUACAUUAUUUGUUUUCAAUUAAUCUUUACCAACAACCAAGCCUAUUAAUUAAAUUUUGCCUAAGCUCGUGCCUGCACUACUUUUGGUUACGGUACUCAGAUCUAUGCUUUAGCUAGUACAAAUGUAUUUCCAAGUAUUGGCAUAUUUUUUACCUGAACAGCGGGGUUAAGAGCAAGACGUUUCCAUUAGUCCAAUAUUGGAGGGACCGUUGGUCUUAACCAAUCAAUAACCAGGUUUGUUUUUGGUCAUCUCCUUAUUUUGCACCAAAUUGGAAUGUGAAAUGUCAAGGUAAACUAGUCUGCCCAUGUUUGUAGGUUUCACAUUUUCUCAUUUAGAAAUCGGCUAUGAAGACACAUCAGUGCUUUCUUUACCUGACUUGUAUGCCUUGAUGCAAACACAAUGCAUAAUGACAAUGCCAAAACUUGCAAUAUAAACAAAUGACAAAAAAAUCUAAGAUCUGAGGAUUGUAAACAAAGAUUUUAACCGCAGGCAAGAGCAUAGUGAAAUAGAAUCAAUCAUGUUGGUUUUUAGAAAAUUCAAAAAUAGAAAUUUACAUCGGUUUUCAAAUCAAGAUUUUUUGAAUUUUAAGUUUGGUCUUAAUUUAAAAUGCACUUCCUUUUAUUCUGAUUUUGAUAUUUUUUGUUUACAAUUCAAUUACUGUCAAUUCAAAUACUGUCAAUUCAAUUAAAAUCAUCUACUGUUUCACUUUAUCUCAAAAAUAUCAUUUGUAAGUUUUCUACUUUAUUUCUAAUGUUUAUUUAAUGUUGAUGUUAUUUUAAAUGGACUAUAUAUGCUGUGAAAAAGACCCCUAUUCCUAUGUUGAACAUUUUAAUUAUGGCCUCAUUUUUAGAGGUCUGUUAAAAAAGAAAUUGGGGGGAGAAUUCAUACAAUAUUUACUUAGAAAUAAUUGUACUUUGUGUAUUUCCAUUUCUUUGCUUACUUCAAAUGGAAAUUACAUUUUCUUCUGGUGACCCUGUGGGGAAAUACACACUAACAAUAGCAUGUGUAGACUAUGAAUGAAAACUGACAAAAGACUGUUGAAAUGAAUCAUUAAUUAACAUAUUGAAAAGUAUGGACUAACUAUUUAAAUAAAAUUUCCAAAGAAUUUCUUUACGUAUUUCCUGGAAAGGAAUACAGGAAGUGGAAAAAAGGAGGGAAUGCACUUUUAUAUACUAAAUGCACAACAGCUUACCAAAGCACUACUAUGGUUCAUGCCAGUCAACACGUUAUGCCUGAAGAAUACAAGCCUUGCUUUCCAAGAACAUAAAAUAUAGGGUAAAUACGCACACAUUUUGUUUUUAAAUUCAUUGGGAUUGUAUUUUAAUUGUGCUGUCCAAACUUGUUUCUUGGAGCUGGGAUGUAGUAAACAACACAGAUUGUCUUUACCAACCUAAGACCUUGCUUGUGGACCCACUGUGCAAAUAAGGUCCAAUUCCUAAUGUAUGUUGGUAAUUUAUGGCAUGACCCUUUUGCCUCAUUUAUUCACCAGGCUGAUCCUAUAGAUUUUAUGUUUUAAAUAGCAUUAUAUUUUAGUCUGCUCAACUCUAUCAAUGUUUGUAAACCACUGUUCAUAUGCACAUCCCAGUCCCACAUACAUAUUGUAUGUAAAGUGAUUUAAUUAUUAAUUAUCAUUAUGUUUUGUUUUCUCACGGAAUAGAAUUCGUUUUAUAUUUUGUCACUUUAUUGUAAAAUAUACAACAAUAUUUUUUUAUGCUUUGUAGUGUAUUUUCUUCAGGUUUAGGACUACUCGGAUAUUGUUUUAUUUUCAAUCAAGCAUCUUUUUAAAUGAACUAAAAAACAUCUGUGAUCCAAAAAGUCUAGAAAUAUUUAAAUUGCCACACUAUAUUAUGUUGAACCACUUUGUCUUAUUAUUGUCAGUAUUACAGUAUUUAUGUUUAUAAUAUUUAUCUGUUUGUAUUCUGUUUCACUCUCAUCUAAAAUUGUAAAAAAAGGAAACUAUAUUCAAAAGUGAUUCUGGAUGUUAUCUGACUAGCAAAAGAUGGGUCAGUGUACAGUACUUUUUGGCAAUAUUCCUUUUAGAUAACAAAAUACAGCAGUAAAGGGUCAUUUCAUGUUUAUUUGACUAGGAUAUGAAAUCCAACAGCACAUUAACUGUUCCAAUAGUCUUUUUUGUUUUCUAAAGGAAAUAUUUAAUAAAGACAGAAUAGUGCAUGAAUUUAUAACAUUUCUGUUUAAUGAUGUGUUCGGAUUUAACAUAUGCACCAUUCAUGGCUCCCAGGGCACAACAAAAUAAAAUGUUUGUUUCAUUUCUC